GUGAAAGCCUGAACCACGCACAGCAUCCUUUCCGGGCUGUCUGUGUGUUACUGAUGCUGGGGAAUUUUCCCAAAGUAUCCACUAAGGGGAGUCAGGACGCUGGACCUCCCGUUUUGGUUUCUAUGACAACGGGGGAGAAGGAGAGCCUCUCCAGCAGAGCGCCUGCCGAAGCAGGUGUCGGGUUGCCCACAGCUCCAGAAGCUCCCUAUCUUGAGGAGCUCCGGAGUGCUCUCUCUCCCUGCAGCACUGGCGUGAGUUCCCCAGAGCUCAACUGAACGAACAUGGUUCACCACUCAGGGUCGAUCCAAUCCUUUAAGCAGCAGAAAGGUAUGAACAUGAACAAGAAUGAAAUAGAAAAAGAACAGCCUUUAAAGCCUUCUAGGAGUCAAACUCAUCCUCAAAAUCUGAGUAAACAUUUUUCACUUAAUUGCUCAAUUCAGACUCCUUCAAGUCCAGGACCAUCAGCCACUCAUAAAAUAGAGCAUGGUAGGAAGAUGAACAAGGUAGAAAGCAAUUUGUACAAGCUGUCCUCUUCAGCAUUUAGUGAUUCAUGCUUAGAUGUUGGAAAAGAUAGUUGUAUAGAAGAUUCUGAACAUGGUACUGACGAAGCUCAACUCAUCAAAGCCAAGGUCAUCAUAAGAAAACCAGAGACAAUGACUAAGAAGGAGAAGAAAGUUGCAGCACCCCCAAGCCUCUUUUUCAAAGAUGGAAAAAAGCGCAUUGAUUACAUCUUGGUAUACAAAAAAUCCAGUCUUCAGGUAGAAAAAAGAAGCACGUUUGAAAGAAAUCUCAGAGAAGAAGGCUUGAUGUUGGAAAGAGAGCAAUCCAUUACAAAUAGUGAUAUCAUGUUUGUCAAAAUCCACUGUCCAUGGGAUACGCUGUGCAAAUAUGCAGAGAGGAUGAAUAUCAGGAUGCCCUUCAGGAAAAAAUGCUAUUAUACUGACUGGAAGAACAGAACACUGAAUAGUUUAUUUCGAAAAACCAUACAGUUGAGAAGCUGGCUUCCCAAAAACCCAAUGCAACUCGACAAGGAGGCUCUGCCUGACUUGGAGGAGACAGACUGCUAUACAGCUCCCUUCAGCCGGGCACGCAUGCACCACUUUACGAUAACAAAUAAGGACACCUUCUUCAACAAUUCCACGAGAAGUAGGAUAGUUCAUCAUGUGCUGCAACGUACCAAAUAUGAAGAUGGGAAAACAAAAAUGGGUAUCAAUAAACUCUUAAACAAUGGUACCUAUGAAGCAUCCUUUCCUCCGCAUGAGGGAAGCUACCAGAGCAGGCACCCGAUUAAAACUCAUGGAGCCAAGAACCACAGACAUCUUCUAUAUAAGCGCUGGGCCUGCUGGGGAAUGUGGUAUAAAUAUCAGCCCCUCGACUUAAUCAGGCGCUAUUUUGGUGAGAAGAUUGGUCUGUACUUUGCUUGGUUAGGCUGGUACACCGGCAUGCUGAUUCCUGCUGCCUUUGUGGGAUUGUUUGUUUUUCUCUAUGGAGUAUUUACCAUGCACUCCAGCCAAGUAAGCAAAGAAAUCUGCCAAGCCACAGAGAUCCUGAUGUGCCCAAUGUGUGAGAGAAACUGCAUGCUCCAGAAACUGAAUGAGAGCUGCAUCUAUGCCAAGGUGACACAUUUGUUUGACAAUGGAGGAACAGUCUUCUUUGCUAUUUUUAUGGCAAUAUGGGCUACAGUUUUCCUGGAGUUCUGGAAGAGGAGGAGAGCUGUGCUGACCUACGACUGGGACCUUAUUGACUGGGAAGAGGAGGAGGAAAAUGUUCGCCCCCAGUUUGAAAGAAAGUAUGCCCAGGUGGAAAGAGUGAAUCCCAUCACAGGAAAACCUGAGCCUUAUCAGCCCUUCAUGGAUAAACUCCUUCGGCUUAUGAUCUCCAUAUUAGGAAUAUUCUUAAUGAUUUCUUUGGUGCUCACCACGGUCUUUGCGGUUGUGGUUUAUCGUCUUGUGGCCAUGGAGCACUUUGCAUCUUUCAAGUGGUAUUUUGUCAAAAAAUACUGGCAGUUUGCCACAUCAGGAACUGGAGUCUGCAUCAAUUUCGUGAUCAUCAUGUUUCUGAAUGUUGUCUAUGAAAAGGUGGCUUAUUUCCUCACCAAUUUAGAACAGCCUCGAACAGAAUUGGAAUGGGAAAACAGCUAUGCCCUGAAGAUGUUUCUAUUUCAAUUUGUCAACUUAAACAGCUCCAUCUUCUACAUUGCAUUUUUCCUAGGCAGGUUUUCAGGACGUCCAGGAAAAUAUAAUAAACUUUUUGACCGAUGGAGAUUGGAAGAGUGUCAUCCCAGCGGCUGUCUCAUUGACCUUUGCCUGCAAAUGAGUGUCAUCAUGGUUUUAAAGCAGACAUGGAACAACUUUAUGGAAUUGGGAUACCCAUUAUUCCAUAACUGGUGGACCCAACACAAGAUUAAACGGAAUGAGCAGGUGAUGAAGUUACCACAGUGGGAAAAAGAUUGGAAUCUACAGCCCAUGAAUCUCCAUGGAUUGAUAGAUGAGUACUUGGAAAUGGUUUUACAGUUUGGAUUUGUCACCAUCUUUGUGGCAGCUUUUCCUUUGGCCCCACUCCUGGCCUUGAUGAACAACAUCAUUGAAAUCCGACUGGAUGCCUACAAAUUUGUCACUCAGUGGAGAAGACCUUUGCCUGCAAGGGCGACCAACAUAGGAAUCUGGUAUGGGAUUCUUGAAGGAAUCGGUGUAUUAGCUGUAAUCACCAAUGCAUUUGUGAUUGCCAUCACUUCUGAUUACAUUCCACGCUUUGUCUAUGCAUUCAGAUAUGGCCCAUGUAAAGGUCAAGGAUACAGUCAAGAAAGGUGUUUAAAAGGAUACGUCAACAGCAGUUUAUCAGUGUUUGACCUAAGUGAACUUGGCACGGGGCAAUCCGGUUACUGCAGGUAUCGAGACUACAGAGCCCCACCGUGGAGUAACAACUCGUAUGAAUUAACCUUGCAAUUUUGGCACGUCCUUGCGGCUCGCUUGGCCUUCAUCAUCGUGUUUGAGCACCUGGUUUUUGGAAUAAAGUCUUUCAUUGCUUACCUGAUUCCUGACAUGCCCAAAGAUUUGUCUGACCGAGUAAGGCGGGAGAAGUACUUAGUCCAAGAAAUGAUGUAUGACGCGGAACUGGAGCAUUUGCAGAAACAGAGGAAAUGUCAGGGGAAGCAGUAUCACCAAGAGUGGCCUUAGCCAAUCCCAGAGCCCCAGGAGAGACUGAGCCAUCAGUAGGGAUGGAAGAUUCUGCCCUUCCUGUUCCCUGCAGAGACUCGGGGGGGAAGCCCACCACUGAAUAUGUGUAGAAACUGUGGACUGAGUGAGGAAUGAUUGCAUUGCAGCCUUUUCUAUAAUUUGGGAAAUCCGGGCUCCCUAGGAGGCCAAAGAAGAGCUCCCACCCAGUGUGGCUGUGGGCUCAGGUCAGCACUGACCCAACGGAGCCGGUAAAAGAGUCUCAGAAUCUUCCCUAAAUCAUCCAGCUUUGGGGAAUUUCUAGGACAGUGCAAAAAGGUUGGAGUGCUGAGCCCAGCAAGGGUAUUGUGUAGAUGUUCACAAUCAGAGCAUGCUGGACAUCACCAUGUGGUCUCUGUUCUCCAGCUCCCCUUCUCGUUGCCCAGUCAUGAUGCUUUCCACGAAGGUGUCAAAGGAGCUGUUGUUGGCUGCUGUCGCUCGAUGUCCUUCCUCCGCAGACUUCCUGUUCAGUGCGAGUCGCCCUGGCCUCUCUUUGUCAUCCUGUGUGCCACAACAGAAAAUGCGCCGUUGAAUGUUAACUAUGCAGUUAAAAAUUGCAUGAUACUUUUUCUUUGUCUCUUUUUUAAAAUUAGACCAAAAAAAUUACAAUUAAAAAAAAACACACACAAACCCGACAGCAGUGCUACACAUUGGAGAGAAAGGGAAACAGCCUUGCUCAGCUCCCGUAUCUUUUGGGAAUGAUGUGGUGAGCUGAAUGUUAUUUUUAUUUUCAAUAAAAAGUAGCCGGAGUCUUCUACAUUGAUGAGAGGAUCGGCAUUUUCUAUGACAUUCAAAAGAGGAAAAAGUCCAAGUUCUUAUUUAGCUCAUUUUGUCAGGAUAAGGUCAAUAGGAGUUUUCCUUUUAAUCUUUUGGGAAAGCCAUCCCUGAAUGUCACCGUGAAACUAUGUAAAUAUUUUCCCCCUUUUUUGUUAUACAAUGGCUCAUCAACGGUGUGCAAUCUCUAGCUCAUUUGGCCACAAGACCCACUCUAGAUCAUUCCCUUUUGUCUUCUUUGUUCAGGGAAAGAGAAGCUAGAUGAUCUGCACGGGUUUGGCUCCUCUUUUAGAGAUGUGUGCACUCUCACUGCAUGAACAUAACUAAAUAUUAUGGCUAGAAUUAGAUAUUUGUGAGCUUUGCUUUCUUCUCAAAUCAGUUAUUUUUGUUUUAUUUCAUUUUUGAGACAUCACACAAGAUGUAAUGGAGGAUGAGGGAAAAGAUACACGUUGGCUUUAUAUGUAGAGCCACAGGAGCAAAAGUCAGGGCCACGAGUUCAGAUGAUUUCAUUGUGGAGAAUGGUCUCUGUGAAUUACAGUAAAUCAACACCAUAGAGCAUUAAAAGAAAAGCAGUAGAAUGACUACCUUGUGUUGUCUAUUGGAAGAGAAAAGCAUGAAAAAAUCAGAACAAUUCUUUUCCUCUAUCAAAAAAAAAAUUAAAGCUAAUCCUCAGUGUUUUAUAGAAAAUCUUUACAAUAAUAAUGUUCCUUUUAGACUUAAUUUCCUACCUUUGUUCUCACCGAGAAUUGCUUCCCAAAGUUUCCAGAUUGAAAACCAUGUGGGAGUUCAGAAUGAAAGUUGUGGAAAUUGAUUUUUUUUCCCCGAUGGCUGUAUUAGAUACAGAUAUAAGGAUUAAGUUUCUUGUUCUUGGAAGCUGUUUCCAUUAUAAUGACACUGAAAUGAUCUCUUUUUCCCCCUUUACUUUUAAAAGAAUGCCAACAAAUGAAAGUGAAAAUAUAUAUGAAGGUUUUGGUUAAAGGAAGAGCAAAUCUUAUAUCCCUGUUUUUUAAAACAGGAAGAUUCUUUAUAUCUCUUUUCCUAACACUUGUAAGCAAGUAGUAGUAUCUACCCCAUCUGCUCCAAAGAUUGCUCUACUUUUCCCUCAUCGAGUUUCCCGGUUCUUGCUAUAAAUUUAUCCAACAACCAUCAUAAAUUUCACCCAGAAGUUUUAGUACCACCAUGUAGUAGAACACUAUUUUUCCUUCCUAAUUAGUUGUACAUAUGCACCUUUUGGGAAACAUACCUAGAUUCUGCCCAGUUAAAUUUAAUAUGUGACCUUUGUGUCUUGAAACUCAAUGGGUCUUAAUGGCACAAGGCAGAAAUAGUUUUUCUCUGAAACUUGACUCUAAACACAGAAUAAUAUUGGAGGUUGUUGUUUUAAUUUCUUUAGUCUUGCUAGUGCUCUCCCUAAUGCCCCAAGACAAUAUAGAGCAUGUAUUUUUUUUUUAAUCUGACACAUAAUGCUGAUUAAAAAUAGAAAAAUCGAUCAUAUUUUAAUUGAAAAUUGUUUUUUAAAUUAUUAACUAUUUCUUGAACUAAAAAAGGAGGGAACUUGAAGAAGAAAUAUUAAAACAAUACAUAAAUUUUCCCUGACUGAUACGUUGGAUUAUUAUUGGGUAGUGUUUGAGCAAUCAUUGAAGGUCUGUGAAUUCAGUGACAGAUCAAUAAUGCUUUAGUUAGCAGACAUGUUUGGCUGAAUAGCCUAGCAUGUGGUUUUUUAUCUAGAAUGCACAUUAUUUUACAAAGAUAUACAGCACAUAUUCUUCUCAGGAAUUCUGUAUUACACGAAUGCAGUCAAAAUAUAUUUUUCAUAUCCUACAUCAAUGUUUUUUGCAAACAAUUGAUCCAUACCUAUGCAUGUGGGCUGCCUUGUCAAGCUGUCCAAAGAUCCUGGGCCUUCUUUCCAAAUCAAAGUUUGUGGAAAAACCUAUUUGAGAUUGUAGCUGAUUGAUUCUAUGAUCCUCUUGGUCUAUGCAUGCACUUUGGGGGCAAACUUGAGAGAAUGCAUGAUCAGGCAUGGCAUUUAAACAACCACGAUUCCAAAAUGUGUCUGUGACGCCUCACAUAAUGUCAUGCUAGAGUGGGAUGAACAGGAGUCUUUUUCAAUCAAUAAAUUAUUUACUAUGACUAUUC